AUGGCUGCUAGCGAAUCCACAAAGACCAGCGACAGCAUGGAAAGACGUCUCUCGGAGCCAGCUCCGCUACCACGCAAAGUAACGGGCUUCAAGUGGGUUCUUGUAAUCUUUUCGAUUCUAUCGGCUAUAUUUCUGUUCGCACUGGACAACACGAUUGUCGCAGAUGUGCAGCCCAAGAUUAUCGAUUCAUUCGGUGAAAUAAACAAGCUUCCAUGGAUCUCAGUUGCGUUCGCUCUUGGUGCAGUCAGUGUCAAUCUAGUAUGGGGAAAGGUCUUCGCCCAGUUGGAGGCUAAGAAGUCUUUCAUAGUUACGAUCAUCUUGUUCGAAGUCGGCUCUGCAGUAUGCGGUGCUGCGCCCACAAUGAAUGCCUUGAUCAUUGGACGAGCACUGUGUGGCAUAGGGGGAUCCGGUAUCUACCUUGGCGCAAUCAAUAUUCUUUCAAACAGCACGACUGAAGCGGAGCGGCCUGGCUACCUUGGAUUUGUUGGCUUGACCUGGGGUAUUGGGACAGUACUUGGACCUAUUAUUGGAGGUGCCUUUGCCGACUCCAAGGCAACCUGGCGAUGGAGCUUUUACAUCAACCUUUGUGUGGGAGCUUUAGCCGCUCCCAUCUAUCUAUGGCUCAUCGAAACGCACGAUCCCAGGCCAGGAGCAUCUAUCAAAGACCGCAUCAAAUAUCUCGAUAUACCAGGUGCGGUUCUCAGUGCAGGGGCGUUUGUCUCCGGAAUCAUGGCAAUUUCCUUCGGGGGUGCUAUGUUCGAAUGGGGAAGUGGAAGGAUCAUUGGGCUUUUCGUCUGCUCCGGUGUUUUAUGGAUCUUAUUCGGACUUCAACAAGUAUUUUUGACGACUCCUGAAACGCGUCUCUUCCCCCUGGAGUUUCUGAAGUCGUACGAACAGGUCAUCUUCUUUGCCCUGGUGGCAGCCGCUGUUACAUGUGCCUUUGUGCCCGUUUAUUUCAUCCCCCUUUAUUUCCAGUUUGUCUUUGGAGACUCCGCAACCCAGGCAGGUGUCCGGCUCUUGCCGUUUGUCUUUAUCAUGGUUUUUGCCGUUAUCUCCAACGGUAUUCUAAUGGGGAUAGUGGGAUACUACAUGCCUUGGUACCUUGUGGGCGGUAUUCUAGUGGUCAUAGGUGGCUCCCUGAUGCACACUAUUACCCUGGAAUCCAGCACGUCGAGGAUUUACGGCUACAGCGUGAUACUGGCGCUUGGAACCGGGUUAUACUCACAAGCAUCCUUUCCCGUUUCGCAGGCUAAAGUUGGCCCUUCAAAAGUUGCCUCGUCAACUGCUUUCAUUGGCUGCGGACAGAUCGCAGGUAUUGCCCUAGGGUUGACAAUUUCCAACAGCAUCUUCAUUAACCAGGCAACAAACAAAAUCGCCAAAAUCCUGCCAGAUGCGAACAUCAGCUUGAUUCAACGGGCCAUUAGCGGCGCCGGAGGACCCUUCUUCAAGUCCCUUGACUCUGCUCAACAGGUUGCCGUGCAGAAGGCAUUGGUUUCAACUAUCGGUAAUAUAUACUUUAUGAUUGUAGCCGCUGGGGCCUUUACUGUUGUACUAUCUCUCUUUAUGAAGAGAGAGAAACUCUUCGUACAAACGAAGAAGGACACCGCAGAGCCUACAACGGAAGAGCCAGGGGAGGAGAUUGUUGAAAAGCAGGACGAGCACAAGUAA